UAUAGACCCACAGAUCUUCUCCUCUCGGAACCCAUCUCACUUUUCUCAACUCCAGAACCCAAAAGAAAACGCACAAUAAUGGGCAAGCUCACAACAUCCCAGGAGCCUGCACCGGCCUACGAGGAAGUGAUGGGCAAUCUGUCCAUGAACCAAUUCACCCCCGCAUCGUCAUCUUCAGGCUAUGCCUCCGUGCCUCAAGAAGAAGAUAUCGAGAAUGAUAUCCCUGCGCACGACCACAAUCACAGUUCAGCAAGUUCUGCGCCCCUCUCUCAACAACCCGAAACCUUCGCGCAAACCAUCGCGGGUGUCUUCAAAAAACAACCGCAUGUACACUGCGAGGCAUGCGAUAUCUUGACUGAGAGGCGCGAGCGACGCGCCAACCAACGACACUGCUGUGCGAUGGUCGCUGCGGUGUUCAUGACACUGAUCUUUUGCAUCAUGAUCUUGGGAAUCGUGAUCGCCAACAAGGCGGGCAAAGCGAAGAGGAGUGGCCAUAUUUAG